GUCAGACGGAAGUGCAGCAGAUCUGGGACGAGCGCAGAGUGGAAGUGCUAACGCUAAACACACUCACACACACUCACACACUCCGAGAUCCGCCUGAACACACAGCACAAUGGACGGAACCAGCAAACGGCAGAGUUUCGGAAGGUAACCUAGAGUGAUGCCCCAUGAGAGCAGCGGUCAGCCGGACACGUUGAUGCUGUUCUGUCACUAGAGUUUCCUCACAGAUGUCUGGCGCGGGGCUGAUGGGUCGCGUGAGGUCGGCGUUCCGCAGGCGGACGGACAGCUGGCACCUCAGCGACACGGCGGCCUUCGACUUCUCCGACGAGCUGGAGGACGACGAUCCGCCCAGGUUCAGCCAGCUGAAGGUGGUGGUGUCCGGAGAGACGGACGAGCUCCCGGCGGCCGCUCGCAACGGGACGGCGGUCAGCACGCUGGUGGCGGACGACGACGACUCUCUGCUGGGCUCCUCGUCCAGUCUGGGGAGCCCCGGGGCCACGGCGGACCCCUGCGACGGAUGCCGCAGAACCAGGGAGCGCGACAAGCGCAGGAAGGUGAUGAGGAAGCUGGGCUUCGCCGCGCUGCUCUACUUCCUGUUCAUGGUGGGCGAGCUGAUAGGUGGAUACGUGGCCAACAGUCUGGCCAUCAUGACGGACGCGCUGCACAUGCUGACGGAUCUCAUCGGGAUCGCGGUGUCGCUGCUGGCGCUCUGGCUCUCGGCCAAACCGCCGACCUACAGAUUCACCUUCGGCCUCCAUCGGCUCGAGGUUCUGUCCGCGGGCAUCAGCGUGCUGCUCAUCUACAUCCUGGCGGGCGUGCUGGUGAACGAGGCCGUGCAGAGAACCAUCCAUCAGGACUUCACCAUCGACGGAGACGUGAUGCUGAUCACAGCCGCGGUGGGAGUCGCCGUCAACCUGCUGAUGGGCUUCCUCCUCAACCAGUCGGGCCAUCUUCAUUCACACGGCCACACCCACUCUCACGGGUCACCGGGGCGGGGGCGGGGUCAGGCUCAGGCUCAGGGCCAGACUCAGGGUCAGCGGGGUCACGGCAGUCUGGCGGUGCGAGCGGCCUUCAUCCACGCUCUGGGUGAUCUGGUUCAGAGUGUCGGUGUGCUCAUCGCUGCGUACAUCGUCAGGUUUAAGCCGGAGUAUAAGCUGGCCGAUCCCAUUUGUACAUACUUGUUCUCCGUGUUGGUGCUGUUCAGCACAUUCCAGAUCAUCAGAGACACUGGCAUCAUUCUGCUGGAGGGUGUUCCGCGUCAUGUGGACGUGUCUAAUAUCAGAGCUGAUCUGCUGAAGCUGCAGCAUGUGGAGUGUGUGGAGGAGCUGAAGCUCUGGGCUCUGACGGCCGAUAAAACCGCAGCCAUCGUUCACCUGCAGCUUGCGCCGGGGAUUGUGGGUAACUGGGAGGAAGUGCAGUCAAACGCACGGCGGCUGCUGACGGUGUCACACGGCGUGACACACUGCACGGUGCAGCUGCAGACGCAGAGACAGGGGGCGCCACAGUCCUGCACACACUGCCUCACACCCAGUGCCUGAACCCGUCUGUCUCUCGCAACCUCACUACACACACACACACACACAGACACAGGACGAGAGAGAGAAAGAGACGGGGAAACUGACAUGUCGACCCGGCAGGGUUUUAAUGAUCGUCUAGCAGUUUUUUCUAUAAUGAAUAAUGACCUCAUUUUGAUAAACCUUUAAUACAGACGUGCACGCAGGAGGACCAGACCCGCUCGAUUUGCGUUUGCUUCGGACCCGUCUGUCACUGAGGAACGUCGACAGAUGGAGGGACGCUGUUAUGUUUGUGCGUCUGUGUGUUCUGGGGUGAAUCUCAUGAAAAUGCGUCCGGGUCACACCGACCACAUUUGAAGAAAAACAAGUGUUUAAUUGUUUUGCUUAAGCUGAAUGAAGCCUGUUUUUUUUUUUUUUUGCAACUCGACAGUAUUUUAAUCACGGUUAAGCACAUCUUACGCCUGGAUUCUCACUGUAAUAACGCAAAAAAAAUUCAAUAACGUAAUGCGUUUGGAUUUACCUCUGAAUGGUUUUGAUUCUCUGUAAUUUUAUUAAAAUCAGCAUGAGUUGAAGGCAGUGCAACACAUACAUGAUGUAGAAAUACUUCGCAAUUAAUAUUUCCUUUUUCGGAUUAACCUAGGUGCUGUGUUUGCAUGAAAAUAAUGCCACAAUGCAAAUGAACAGGUUUUAUUUGAUGUAUCUUGUGAAAUAUAACCUGAACGUGUUCUGACAUCUUUCAUGAGAUUUACUUUCUGAGAGCUGACUACACUCAAAUCAUCCAAACGCGUGUGUCCUCAUUUUUCAUAUCUCAUUACAAAACAUUAAGUGUUGCAUUUGUUUGCAGAAAUCCUUAUUUAGCAACUGACAAUCGUAGUGUGACGGGACAGACUGUAGUUUCACACGCGUCUCACUGCAGUUUUGUGCAUUUCAGACAUUUAUAAUCAUUGUGUGCCAAUGUGAUCAAUUCACAAACUCAGAACAAAACGACACAAAAUGUCCUUUUUAUCUUUUUAUUUGAUUAUCUUUUUUUUUUUUGGUGCAGAUUGAAUAAGAUUAUUAUUUAAUUGUCAAUGACUGUCAUCAGUAUUUGGCCAUUAUGCCUUUUUAUUAUUUUUAUGGUUUUGUUUUGUUUGUUUUUUGUCUUAUAAUUUAGAUUUUUGAAGCAAAAAGUCAAUCGUUUGCAUCAGAGUGAAGGUUCGUUCAGUCGUUUCUUUCUGUUUGCAGUAUUGUUUUAUGUGGGUCUGUGUGUCUGAGGGCAUCAGGAUGAUCGAUUUACACUGACUGCUGAAGCGCUUGAAAUAACUUGAAAUAAACACAUUUUAAUUGCCUGUA